AUGUCGGCACCACGUACUCCGGAAUUCCACUUUUCGUCGUAUUCCGAUCAUGUCGAAACUCCACUCGAGAACCAAGGCAACGUCCAGAGUGCUGAGAGCGAAGCACGCGAAGAGACGAUGGCCUGUUGGUUGUUUGCACUGGUGGGCAUCGGGUUCCUCUUCCCGUUCUCAGCGCUAACUCAGCCUGUCGACUACUGGAAAAUGCUUUUUCCCGACUAUAACAUCGAGUUCGCUAUCACCUCCGUCUUCAUGUACACGAGUCUGGCAUUCCUAUCGCUCCUCGUCAUGUUCUUCGGGAAGCCACAGUACACUGGCCGCAUCGUCGGCGGCUUUGUCGGCCAGUUGACUGUGCUGGUCUUUGUGCCUACGUCGUAUUAUUUUCUGGCAUCUAGCUCAGCCGCUAUACUUGGUGCCACGGCAGUAGCAGCUAUUGCCACCGCUUUCAUCGAUAGCUGCGCGAUUGCUCUCGUGUCGCAUUACCCUCAGCGAGUCCAAGAAAGCUUCCAACUAGGCAUCGGACUGAGCGCUCUUAUCGGCAGUAUCUAUCGCGACUUGACCAAGCUUGUGUUCCCGACGGACCAACUCCUGGCGUCGUCGCUUAUCUACUUUUACUCGGGUGCGCUCACUAUUGCAGUAUGCAUCGGCGCGUACUACAAGGCAAUGAAAUUGCAGAUCACACAGAAGUACCUCUUAACGGAACGAGACAGCAACGUAGAGCUCAUUGAGAAGCGGCAAUCUCUGGACGAUACCGGUCGUGCACCGACCAAAUGGUCCGUUCUAAAGAAGGUUUGGCACUUGGAGCUUCUCAUCCUGUGCGUGUACUUGGCAAGUCUGUCGGUCUGGCCACCGCUCGUCACGGAAAUUAAGACGUACAACUUCCCGUCGCUGCAGGAAAAUGGAUGGUGGUCGCUUAUUCUUCUUACGAUUUUCUCGACUUUCGACUGUGUUGGGCGGUUCGUCGUCAACCACCGCCUCGGACUUAAACCGAGCAACGUUUGGAUGCCAAUCAUCGCUCGAUUCAUCUUCGUUCCGAUUAUCAUCGGUAUCGUCAAAGAGUGGUGGCUCCAGAACGACAUUUGCUCAGUGUUUUUCCAAAUAAUAAUCACGACAAUCAGCCUGAACAUGUUCGUGCGGCUGGGACGUCCUUUGCGUGCCGCGGCCUCCAGGCCCACCAACGUGCGGCGUUUCUCCAAGGCCACGCCCAAGCCGCGCCCCACCGUGCGCCCCACUAAGCAGAUGGUGGCCACGGAGCUCAAGGAGGUUGGCAAGCUCAUGAUUAGCGGCUUGGCAGUAACGUCAGCGCUGAUCGCUUCAGGCGGCUUCGUUAUCGAGACCGUCAAGACGAUGAACCCAAUGAGCCCGCCAGGUUUCUUGCUGCAAGUCUCGGGACCUGGCGGUGAACCCACGGACAUCCACGUGCAGCGUCUCGGUACUGGUGACGUGACAGUUCUUUUCGAUGGCGGCGUGGGGGAGACGUCCUUUGAUUGGGACAAAGUGGCCGUCGACGUCGCCAAGUUUGCCACUGUCAUCAGUAUCGACCGUCCUGGACUCGGCUUUUCCAAGCCUGGAGUGCUGCCUAGAACGUCCAGUCAGAUCGUUAAGGAGUACAAACAGGUUCUAGAGAAGCUUAACGUUAACGGGAAGGUGGUUCUGGUGGGCCACGGAGCGGGAGGCUACAACAUGAGGCAGUUGGCUCAAGAGCUGAAAGAAACGGUACACGGACCGGAGUGUCAAGGGCUAGUCCUUGUGGACGCACUACAGGAAAAUCUUCGUCAGGAACUGGAGAGCGUCUCGGAGGUCGUACACAAGUCGCUAGAGGAGAUGGACAGCAACGGCGAGAUGGUGCUGCGUCUCUCACGUUUUGGUCUUGUCCGACUGAUCAACGUCGUGCAGCACUCCAAGAUGGCGGAAAAGUAUUCGCCCGUCGCGUUGCCGUUUGUCGAGAGUUUUGCUCCUUCACCGGCCCACCGUGAAGGAGCACUAUGUGAGAACCAAGCCAUUCCCGAGACAGAGCAGCACUUUCGGGACUCUACUGGCUUGACGCCUUUUGAUUUCCCGUGUGUUGUGCUCUCGCACGGGAAGACAGGAAUGUUCGACACUAUGAAGGUGCAGGCGGGUGUGACUCCGAAGACUCUGGCGGACUUGGAGCGUAAGUGGCUGGAUGCGCAGACCAAAUUGGCCAAUACAGUUAGCAAGCGUAGCGUGCAUCUUGUGGUUAGCGACGCUGGUCACUGUAUUCACCAUGAGAAACCGCAAGAAGUUACCAAGGCGGUCCGUGCCUUAGUGGAUGAGAUCCACGCCCCCUUCGCCAUGAAGACUGCAAUCACGACUGUGUUCGUCUUAUCGUUGUUGGCAUUGACUGAAGCGGGCUAUGUGGACCUGUUCAAGGAUGAUUAUUUUAAAAGAAUAUACGUGCACGAGUCGAGGUCGUCGUCUGCUAUACUUUUUAAUGCGUUGCUGGAAGAAAUGCUGGCCCGUGCUUGGUUUGCGCACUACAAUAGAAACAGCCCCGAGUAUCCAGACCAAGAGAAUUUCCGUCUGGACGGCAUCAACGACGAAGUUUCGUCUUUCAUGGUGCUGAACAAAGGGAAAAAUGCGGGAUCGAUGUACAUUUGCCCUUUACCUGAGAGUGGUGAAGCCUCGUACACAGCGACCAGUGAUGCUAUGUCAGCUCAAGCUAUUGGCCACGUGGAUCUCUAUCAAGACGCUUACUUUAAACACAAGGUCGCCAGGGUCAGGAAUGUGCAAAGCGACAUAUGCUACAAUCUGGCAUGCCUCGUCACGGACAACGUGGUCACGUCCGUGAAAUGGAGUGGUCUCCCCGAGACGGGCAAAGCGUUCAAGAGGGAAUCGUCCAUCAUCCUGUUUUACACCGACCGAGACUGUUUCUCGGACUUCAUAGCUUGGCCAGUCAACACUCAAAGCCGAGACGAUUUGUACUUCCCUGUAAACUUCCGUCUGGAUGGGAUCAACGAUGCCGUCUCUUCUUUUAUGGUGGCAGACGAGUGGGUUGUUAAAGGAUACAGGAAAGUCUGCAACGAAGCGGGACUUCUGGACAAUUCUACUUCUCUGGGCUACAUUAUCGGUAGCACACAGGAUAGCACAUGA